AUGCUCGGCAUGAAUGCCACCUAUACCGGUCGUAUUCCCGAGCUGCCAAACUGCCUAGGAAGUCAAUCUCGUACGAUCGAUAUUUCGUCAAACACCCCCGUUUUCGGACAAUUUCGGGCAAUGGAGUUUAUCGAUGGCAACAUCGUGAUGGUGCCGGCGCUGCUCUGCCGACUCGAAUAUGCACUGGCUAAGGGAGUCCCGAGGAACCCACAAGCAUGA